AUGGGAGCACCAUUUAAGGGAAUAAUUCAAGAUUUCAAGCGAAGAGCUCAAUACUAUAAACAAGAUUGGGUUUGUGCAAUUUGUUCUGGUGCCAGCAUAUUGGCUCCAACUUUCUACAUAUUCUUUGCUUCUGCUCUUCCUGUCAUUGCUUUUGGAGAGCAACUGCAUAGGGAUACAGAUGGAACCUUGAGCACAUCGGAAACAUUGGCAUCUACUGCUAUUUGUGGAGUUAUCCACUCAAUAUUUGGUGGCCAACCUCUGUUGAUUUUAGGAGUUGCUGAGCCGACCGUCAUAAUGUACACUUACCUGUACAGUAUUUGCAAAAAAAAACUGGGUCCGGAGCUCUUUCUGGCUUUUGCUAGUUGGGUUUGUGCUUGGACGGGAUUUAUGCUGAUUCUGCUUUCAAUUUUUAAUGCUUGCACAAUUAUCACAAGGUUUACAAGAAUUGCGGGGGAGUCAUUUGGCAUGCUCAUAACUGUUCUUUUCCUUCAACAGGCUAUAAAGGUGUUGCUUUCUCUUCCUAGCAAAAUAGAUUGUGAAUUUGGUUCUGCAGAACUCAGCAUGACUGGAUUGAUAGGGGAGUUCAACACAGUCAAGAAUGAAGAUCCUUCCUCAGUGGAAUUUCAAUUCCAGUGGCUGUAUAUAAAUGGAAUACUUGCAGUCAUUUUUUGUUUUGGAUUACUUGUCACUGCCCUUAAAAGCAGAAGAGCAAGAGCGUGGCGAUAUGGAACAGGGUGGCUACGAGGGUUUAUAGCAGACUAUGGGGUUCCAUUGAUGGUAGUGUUAUGGACUGUACUAUCUUAUGCUAUACCAGGCCAAUUUCCAGAUAACGUUCCUAGAAGGCUCUUUUCUCCCCUACCCUGGGAUCAUGAAUCUCUCUAUCACUGGACAGUAGUGAGGGUAAUGUUAGAUGUUGAUGUUCAUCAUUAUGAACAGAAAGCAGUGAUCAUUUUAAUUCAGGCAAGUCCAAACAUCCAUCUAACAGUUACAGCAAAAUGCAGGAUAUGCCGAAGUGUGGCUUCGCAGAUGGCACAACAGAAAGAAUUUAACCUUCAAAGACCAUCUGCCUACCACUACGAUGUUUUCCUGCUUGGAAUAAUGUUCCUGAGGUAUCUUUACUGUCCUCAGACUGUGGUUUGUGGGAUGCUUGGUCUUCCUCCUUCAAAUGGAGUCCUUCCACAGUCUCCCAUGCAUACAAAGAGCUUAGCGGUUCUUAGGAGGAAGUUGAUCCGAAAGAAGGUGGUGAAGAGCGCCAAGGAAUGUAUUAAGCAACAUAAGACCAACACUGAAUUGUAUGGAAAGAUGCAAGCUGUGAUUCUAGAAAUGGAUACAGACCCUACGGUUAAAGAAUUGGAGACUUUGAAGCAAGCUGUAAUGAACUCUGAUAACAAGGAUGAUGUAGAGAAAAAUUUUGAUGAGAGACACAUAGAUAAAUAUCUACCGGUGCGCGUUAAUGAGCAAAGAGUGACCAACUUAUCGCAGUCCAUCCUGGUCGGUGCAUCAAUCCUAGCCAUGCCUGUAAUCAAAAGGAUACCAACCUCAGUUCUGUGGGGCUAUUUUGCUUACAUGGCAAUUGAUAGUCUCCCAGGAAAUCAGUUCUGGGAAAGGAUAUUGCUCCUCUUCAUCACCCCAAGCCGGCGUUACAAAAUUUUGGAAGGUUCUCAUGCCUCUUUUGUGGAGACAGUACCAUUCAAGACCAUAGCUGGAUUUACAGCCUUGCAGUUAGUAUAUUUUCUGAUAUGUUUCGGGGUGACUUGGGUACCUAUUUUUGGAAUAUUGUUUCCGGUAGCAUUCUUCCUUCUCAUAAUCAUAAGAGAACACUUGCUUCCAAAGAUAUUCCAGCCUAACCAUCUUCAAGAACUAGAUGCUUCUGGGUAUGAGGAGAUUGCUGGUGCUCCACAAGGUUCACUGAGGGAUAAGGAGACAGAUACUGAUACUGACGGAAGCUCAGAAGACUUCUACGAUGCAGAGAUAUUAGAUGAGAUGACAACCAACAGGGGAGAGGUGAAAUUAAGAACCACAAGCAGUUUCAGUGAUAGAAACCAGAGCUUCAGUGAAGACAGGCAUAUUCAGGUUUGUCCUGAAGAUGCCGUCUGA